CUUCAGUUUACCUGUCAACACAGUAAUCUCCAAUAACAGCACCGCAAGGCAGGCUUAUGUGCUCCGUGCCGCUGGAUUUCCGAUUAGGGGAGCUCAGAGUGUCAGCCGGCGUUGAGAUCUAUCACCGCACUGCAGCAUCAAUAUGGGGGUAAUCAGUGUGCAGCUGGUGGUUACCAUGGUAAUGGCCAGCGUGAUUCAGAAGAUCAUACCCCACUAUUCCUUUGCGCGAUGGCUCCUCUGCAGUGGCAGCCUGCGUUGGUACCAGCACCCCACGGAAGACGAGUUGAGGGCCUUGGCUGGAAAGCAGCAGAAAGGAGGGAAGAGCAAGAAAGACAGAAAACACAAUGGCCACUUAGAGAACAAGCCGUUGACUAUUCCCAAAGACAUUGACCUUCUGCUGGAGACCAAGUGUAUUGCUGAAGUGGACACACUGGCUCUGCACUACUUCCCUGAGUUCCAGUGGUUGGUGGACUUUACGGUGGCAGCCACAGUGGUGUAUCUCAUCAAUGAACUGUACUUCUGUGUGGCCGAACCCAGUGGGGAGAUGAACAUUAGUGUGGUGUGGAGUCUGCUGGUCUUGGCCUUUGUCAUGAAGAUCCUUUUCUCCCUCACGGCUCACUACUUCAGACUAGAGGAGGGCGGCGAGCGAUCCCUCUGCAUCACCUUUGCCGCAGCCUUCUUUGUGAAAGCCAUGGCUAUUCUUAUUGUCACAGAGAACUACCUGGAAUUUGGCCUUGAGACAGGCUUUGCAAAUUUUUCCAAAAGUGCUGUGCAGUUUCUGGAAAACCAAGGCCUUGAGUCCCAGGGCCCCAUAUCCAAACUGACCUUUAAACUGAUCCUGGCACUGCUUUGCUCUCUCAUUGGAGCCUUCCUUACCUUCCCUGGCCUGCGAUUGGCCCAGAUGCAUCUUGAUGCCCUCACCCUCAACAACUGCAAAAUCACACAGACUUUGCUGCAUAUCAACUUCUUGGCCCCCUUAAUAAUGGUACUGCUGUGGGUGAAGCCAUUAACAAAGGAUUACAUAAGUAAUCCCACAUUUGGGAAAGAUAAUGUGCCUUUAAUGUCUGAGAAGACGUAUGACACAUUGCGUCUAUGGGUGAUCCUGCUUCUUUGUGUGCUGAGACUAGCCAUGAUGCGGCACCAUCUGCAGGCCUACCUCAACCUGGCCCAGAAGGCUGUUUUGCAGAUGAAGAAGGAAGCGGGACGCAUUAGCACCGUGGACCUCCAAAAGAUGGUCGCCCGAGUCUUUUACUACCUAUGUGUAAUAGCUCUACAGUAUGUUGCACCUCUGGUGAUGCUGUUACAUACUACUUUGCUGCUAAAGACAUUAGGUGGAUAUUCCUGGGUGAUUUACCCCGAAGAGAGUUUGCCCUGUCUAUCAAAUGAGGACUCUAACCCUGCUGAGCUGGGGCAAGCAGAGAUGCAGGCUUCUCAAACUGUGACCCAGUUAUCAGUUGCUCUCGGGGGGCUGAGGACUGUUUUCACCCCCCUGCUCUUUAGAGGGCUCCUGUCCUUCUUCACAUGGUGGAUUGCCGCCUGCCUGUUCUCCACCUCUCUCUUCGGCCUCUUCUACCACCAGUAUCUGAUGGCCGCAUAGCAUCGGGAGGGAUUGGGGCCCACAAGAGUCCGGACUCUUCCGACUGACUUAUCCAGCACAAGGCCCUGGAACAUUUCCCUUCCUCGCAACCAUAUCAGCAGAGUUUUUCUCUGACGGGCUUCCUCAUUGAACUUAAUUUCUCUUUUGAGGAAAAUAUAGUUUAACCUAACAAAUACAAAAAUGACGAUAGUAAGAAUUCAGUCAUAUUCGUGGGAUUGCUUUGAAGCAUCAAUGAAUGAAGGAUAGCCUCUGAAGGAGUUCUCAAAAUGAAGCUGAUUUUAAAGGGAAUGGUACCCGUGAACCAGCAGAUGAUUUGGAAGGUUUUGAAGUCUUAUCAAACUCUGGGAAAGCAAGGGAUCACUUGUGGUCAUACUGUAUUUUAUUUUGUAGAGUUCAAAAUGGAUGAUUUUCAAAACAGCUAAGGGUUUUAAUAGUUUUUUUUUUAUUUAUUUUUUUAGUAAUUUUACUUCUCCAAAGUAGAAACUUGGCUCUGCUGUUGGGGAGGUUGUCAUUUCUCAUAUGUUACAGCAUUUACUCAACCUCUUGUUGUUCCAAACCUGUAUGACUUCACCAUCACCAUUCACUUUGAUUACAUUUUUAUACCAUAUAAUGAAAGUGAAUGGUGACUGAGGCUGUCGUUCUGCGUAACAUUUUCUUUUGUGCUCCACAGAGGAAAGAAUGUCAUAUGGGACAGCAUGAGGGUUCUUAAAUGACAGAAUCUGAUCUUUGAGUGAAUUUACCCCUUUCUGGAAGAAACAGUGUUUUAGUCGAGGACAAGUAGAGUACGGGGAAUGAUGAGGAAAUUAUGUAUUAAAGGUGUAUUCAUUUGUCCAUUUCAGAGGGACUGAAGCCAGCCUUUCUCUUAAGAAGCAUUUAUUUGACUGUAGAAGACUGAGAGCUAAUUUAAUUAUGUGUGUGUGUGUGUGUGUGUGUGUGUGUGUGUGUGUGUGUGUGUGUGUGUGUGUGUGUGUGUGUGUGAGUGUGUGUGUGUGUGUGUGUGAGUGUGUGUGUGUGAGUGUGAGCGAGUGACGUUUGUGUGUUAACAUCAGUGCCUGCAGGUUCCAAUUCACCCCUGCUGCUUGUGGGUAUAAAUCUAAAAGGGGCAUUUUGAUCAAGUAAAAAUGCUUAAUCACUGUCUAAAGCAGUGGCUUCCCUGUCAAAAUAUUUCGCUUUUAAAUUUCGGGGUCCAGAAGGAUCAAACAGAUCCUGUAAUCACGCUCCAUGUUUCUGUACAGAGCCUAUUGAUUUUCUGUUAUAGAUCAAAUAACAGGGUUGGAUUUGUUUUAUUUGAAGGUGCCAAGUAAGCUUGUAUUCCCCGGUCCCCUGUGAGUGUAUACUAUACGUCCUGCUGGAAUUCAGAAACACGCACGCAAAAGCACUCUCUAGUGUACAAGCCAAAGCAGAACAUGGGGCUUGAUUACAUGGGUAAUAAUAUCUAUGUCAGUUUUGAGAGAUUUCGGCACUACAGUUCCUAAACACAGCACAGAGGCAUAUCUGAAGUGUUUUUAAGCUGGUUUGUUUGUUGUUUUUUUUUAAGUGUUAACCUACUGUAAAAGUCUUAUUCUCACCUUUUUAGAGGGUAUGCAGACAAUGAAUGUAUUCAUCCUUCCUGAUUUUUCAAUUGUAGUUACGAUGCAUUUAUUUUUGUAAAUUGAUUUUAUGUUGUGAACGAAUCCAUUACACUCGGGGCCCCUAAUAAACAUGGCCAAAUAUGUUGUAACGUUGGUGUUAAAAAAAAAAAAAAUUCAGUUAAAUUACAAAUGUGAAUUUUUGUUGUGGUCUUUCAGUGACAUUUAUAUUGCGAGUGUGCGAUAUCAUCAGCAGUACACCUUGACAGUCAGAUGGUGGAAGUAAUUUUUAUAUAUAUAUAUAUAUAUAUAUAUAUAUAUAUAUGUAUAGCUGUACACAGUCACAAUGUUUGAUAAUCGUCAGAUGGGUGACCAAUAUUGAAUGAAAAAAUUUAACCUUACUAAAUAUACCCCACUUUUAAGGUAUUUUCAAUAACUGCAAUGUCUUUUAAGUAUUUCUAAUUCUAAUGCCAAAUAACAUUAUAUUUAGGCUCAGACCUGAUCCAUAUUAAUUUGUUGAGAUGUUAAAGACAAAUCACUUGCUUUUCACCGAAAUCUUCAGUAUUCCGGUAGGGACGUAGCUGGGAUCUUGUUUUAAAAUCCAUGGGCCUUAAUGGAUCUGUUGGUCUUUUAAUAUUUUAAGUACUUAUCUUUAUUUAUUAUUUUUCAGUUUGUUUAAUAAAUGAUUAUUAAGGAAAUGUCA